AUGGAGGAGCGAGAGAUGUUUCUUGACGAAAGAGCGCCUAAUACCGAUGAAAGUGCCAUUACAUCCAUAAUCAGUUCCGGUCAUCCAAGAGAGGGGUUGGAAGGCUGGAGAUGGCCACUGAUUCUCACUUGUCUGGGGUUGACCAUGCUAAUUGUCGGUUACGAUGUCAGCAAUGUCGCCAAUGUUCAAACCUCUGUCUAUGAAGCGUUUGGUCAUGUUGAGCUUCUUCCAUGGGUGGCCGUCGGGUAUAGUACAUUGAGUGCUGCUACUGCUCCAUCAUGGCGCAAGGCCACCGCCAUCUAUCCGCUAAAAGUCGUAUUCUUUAUCUCAGAACUAUUGAUGCUCAUUGGAUCAAUCUUGGCUGGUGCUGCCACCAACGUCGAUAUGGUGAUUAUCGGGCGCGUGAUUACUGGAUUUGGGUCAGCAGGAGCUAUCAUGACAGGCAGCAUAUAUGUUUUACUUCUCACAACGCCGAUAGAAUACGCUCGAUAUAUGGGGCUCUUGGGCGUGUGUUGGGCAAUAGGGCUUGUGCUGGGACCCAUUGUGGGAGGUGCUUUUGCCCAGAAUAGCCACGCUACUUGGCGCUGGGCCAUGUAUAUCAAUAUUCCCUUCAUUGGUCUUAUCCUUACGAUCGCAGUUAUUAGCCUUCCCAGUUUAUCCGCAGACCAGAGCACAACGGCAUCAACAAAGUUAACUAGUAUUGACUGGAUAGGAGCCCUUUCGCACUUUUCGUUCGUUAUUCUCUCCAGUGUGGUCCUCAUAUUCAGUGGCUCAACGUGGGACUGGGGCUUCGGAGGGACGAUUGCAGUCUGGGUCAUUACAGGCGUUCUUUUCAUCUUUUACACAGUGCAACAACUUAAACCACUCUUCACCACCCGCGAACAUCAGAUUUUCCCCGUCGCCUUGUUUUUCGAGAACAGAAAUUUCCUUCUCAUAUUUAUAUCGACUUUUGCUGCAGGCGGCUCCUACGGUAUCGCGCUUUACUAUACACCGCUGUUUUUUGCUUUUACCCAGGGCUUAAGUCCCCUCGAUGCAUCGGUUCGUCUGUUGCCAUUCAUCGGUAGUUUUAUCCUAUCAACAAUCGUAUCUGCCGUUCUCUUACCCCGGCUGCGCAUUUUCCCACCUUUUUACAUCCUGAGUGGCGCCAUGAUGCUGGCGGGCGCGGGUGGAUUAUCAACUAUUGAGCCGAACACUCCCGAUGGUAGAAUAUUGGGUCUUGAUACGCUUGUGGGAAUAAGUGUUGGUCUCAUUUGGCAAUCAGGGAAUGCGGUAAUGUCACGUCUGGUCUCGGAUGAUCCUGGGCUUGACAAAAGCAACCCAGUCGAGGUGGAAAGAAAUGAGGCGCGCAAAGCAUCAUUACGCCAAGAUACUGCCAUGAUACAUCUUGUUUCACAGCUCUUUGGAGUCUCAGUUGCUCUCUCAUGCGCCGGUUGCGUUUUUCAGAAUCUCGGAUACAACAAGCUACACGACUCCAUCAGCAGUCUUGGUAAUUUCUCCGACAAAGACAUCCGUGACGCGCUUGCCGGCGUUGAUUCAAGCAUCUUCCGCUCUGGACAAGAUCCUCGUGUUAUCGGCCUUGCCGUUGAAGGUAUAACGACGACCAUUGGGAAGAUUGAAUGGAUUGCAUUUGCAGGAGGUGCUAUCACUUUAAUCGCAGGACUUUUUAUGAAAUGGGAAAAACUUGACUUUGAAGUUCAGUCCUCAGAUAACGCCGAGGAGAUGAAGGUCAAUAACGUUGUAUGA